GACUGGGAAACACACUUGUCAGAACUGUCUUGCUGGCUUUGUUUGCUGUAUUGAGUUUCUUUAUCAUUUGAUGUGAUGUUACCUACUAAUGAUACAAAUGCUUUGCCAUUAAACAUUCGCAUUACUUUAGCAUUUUUAAUGAGCUUACUAGCUUUUGCUAUAAUGCUAGGAAAUGCUGUGGUCAUUUUAGCUUUUGUGGUGGACAAAAACCUUAGACAUCGAAGUAAUUUUUUUUUCCUUAACUUGGCCAUUUCUGACUUCUUUGUUGGUGUGAUCUCCAUUCCUUUGUACAUCCCUCACACUCUGUUUGACUGGAAAUUUGGAGAUGAAAUCUGUGCAUUUUGGCUCAUCGUCGACUAUCUUUUGUGUACAGCAUCUGUGUAUAAUAUUGUACUCAUCAGCUUUGAUCGGUAUCAGUCAGUCUCGAAUGCUGUAUCUUACAGAACUCAACACAUGGGGAUCUUGAAGAUCAUGGCACUGAUGGCAGCCAUCUGGGUGGGGGCCUUCUUAGUGCAUGGGCCAAUAAUUCUUGUUUCAGAGUCUUGGAAGGAUGAGAAGCAGGAUUGUGAACCCGGAUUCUUUUCGGAAUGGUAUGUCCUUGCCAUCACGUUAUUCUUCGAAUUCCUGGUCCCGCUAUUGUUAGUGGUUUAUUUCAACAUGUAUAUUUACUGGAGACUUUGGAAGCGUGGUAAUCUCAGUAGGUGUCAAAGCCGUUCUGGACUCACUUCUGUCUCUUCUGGUAGCUAUGGACAUUCUUUCAGGUGUGGACUGUUUUCAAGGACAUCUCUUCCUGAACUGAAAGAAGCAGCAGCAUCCCUCCAUUCCAAGGGGCCAAGAAGAAAGAGCAGUGUCUUGUUUUCCUUAAGAACCCAGAUAAAUAGUACAGUUGUUUCCAAAACGGGCUCCCUCUCCCUUUCAGAUUCUCUAGCUCCUCACCAAAGGGAACAUCUUGAACUACUCAGAGUCAGGAAGUUGGCCAAGUCACUGGCCAUUCUCUCAGGUGUUUUUGCCAUUUGCUGGGCUCCCUACUCUCUGUUCACAAUUAUUCGUUCGGUCUACCCUCUAGAUCAGCGUCCUACAACAGCUGCAACAGCUGUGUACGAGUUCACAUUUUGGCUUCAGUGGUUCAAUUCCUUUAUCAAUCCUUUUUUGUAUCCGCUGUGUCACAAGCGUUUUCAGAAGGCUUUCUUGAAAAUAUUUCAUAUGAAAAAGCAAUCCAUACUAUCACACAAUCGGUCAACGUCCUCUUAAAGAUAAUCUUCUUGCUUAUGUAAGUUUCAGUCUUACUUUCAUCUAAAUGAAUUUGAUCUGGCUUUCAUCUUUCCCUAUCCACUCUACCAAAAAAGUCCAUAAAAUCAUAAUGCUUGAAAAUUAAAAAAAAAUCAGAAGUCAGUGGAAAAUUAUUCUGGUGAAUAGUAACAGUAUAAUUAGAAAUUCAUAUUUUUGUAAACUUAUAGCCACAAAAGCACUGUAUUUUUCUUAGUCAUUACCUCUUUCUUGUCUUUUGGAUCUUAAGAUGAUGUUGUUUGUGAAAAGUCA